AUGAGCUUCUUCGAGGAGACGCUGCCGAAGUGGGCGGCGGUCGCCGAGUCGGACGCCUUCGCGAGCGGGCAGCAGGUGCCGUGCAAGCUCUUCCUCGACGCCACCGUGCAGCUGAUCAAGAUCUUCGACAGCAUCUACGGGAUGGGGAUGGUGAAGGACGACAUCGACGGCAACCGCGCGAAGAUCGAGGCGAACCUGCUCAAGCUCCCCGCCGACGCGCAGCCGACGGCGACGCUGCAGUCGAUGUGCCGCGCCGAGCUCGGCGCCGCCAAGGGCGCGGCGGCGGCGGCGGUCGAGGGCUCGACGUGCCUGGCGAUCCUCUGGCUCAAGCGCGCGUUGCUGCUGGUGGAAGGGAUGCUCGAGGCGCUCGUCGCCGACGCGAAGGCGGAGCUCGCCGACUGCGUCAACAAGGGCUACGAGAAGGGGCUCAAGAUGCACCACAACAUGAUCAUGAAGGGCGUCUUCAACACGGCGUACCACACGAUCCCAUACCGCGCCGAGUUCACCAAGGCGCUCGGCGACCCCGCCAAGGUCGAGGCCGACAUGCCGGCGGUGUGGAAGACGUUCGCGGCGAUCAUGAUGCCGCUCGACGCUUUCCUAAAGGAGACGAAGAUCGAGCCUCCGCCGUCGGACAGCUGCAAGCCGCUCGUCGGACAGGCGUGCUCGCUCGAUGUCGGCGAGCGCAUGGCGUACGCCUUGGACGGCGGCGAAGCCAAAAACACCGAUGGUGGCCGUCCGCUGGCGUGA